UGGGACUCAGGCACGACCCUGCAGUUCAGCCUCGUCCUGGGAGACAUCCUCGCCAUCCCUGUUGCUCCACUAGAGAUUUCCUACCUCAGCCUUGGCAACCGGUGGCCAUUUGGGCAGUUCCUCUGCCAGUUCGAAGCCUUUCUCUACAGUGUCCAUGUCCACAGCAGCAUCUAUUUCCUGACGCUCAUCUGCAUUCACCGGUACGUUGUCAUUGCACGGUACAAGAGCAAGUCCCUCUGGAAGAAGAAGAGCUUCUUGAGAAAGCUGUGCUUGUUCAUCUGGGCCAUUCUCUUUGUCCAAGGGCUGCCUUUCUUCUUCCUCCUGAAGACUUCAGUUAUUGAUGGCUCGGCACAAUGCCUACAUAUUCAUCAGUCAAAGUUGUCCUACGUUUACUUCCUCUACAACAUGGUUUUGUUUGUGCUCUCUUUCCUCCUGCCCUUUGCCAUUACCUUGACUUGCGGAGCUCUGUUAGGAGCUGCCAUUGCUAAAGCAGCAAAGAAAAGCUCCAGCGGCAAGAAGAUGAAGACCAGGUCUCUGCAGAUGGUAACAGUGUCUCUGGUGAUUUUUGUCAUCUGCUUUGCACCCCUGUACAUCUGCAGGACCAUUGGCAUCGUUGUGAAGUACUACGAUACAUCUCAUGAGCUCUUGCACCAAGUAGAACUUGCCUACUACAUCAGCUGGGUGUUCACCAUGGCAAACACCUGUCUGGAUCCCCUGAUCUAUGUGUUUGCUAAUGACAAGUUUAAGAGGAGCUUUGUUGACUCCUUUCACAAACGCUGGCGCACACCAGACCCUCCUGAGAGACCCCAUGAGGCAGUUGCUGAACAUCCAACCCUCAGGCUUCCACCUCUUUCUCCUCCUGAUAUCUCCGAAGUCCCUGGAGCCACCAGGAUGAGUGCCUGA